GUGAGUCAGGGGAAUGUCCCGGGCAUCGAGACUGCCUCACUGGCCAUGGACACAGAGGAGGGGGUGGAGGUGGUGUGGAACGAAGUACAGUUCUCCGAUAAGAAGGUCUUCAAAUCCCACGAGGUAUCUUUUUGAUACUCCUUUCCCUAUUUAAAGGCACAAAAAAAGUUUGACCCGGCAGGACUAAAAAGGUCGAUCUUUGUCAUUAUACUGUGCACUGAUUGGCCUACAUGGAACUAAGUUUGUGUGUUUGAGCAUUGAUUGUGCAUUUCAUCCUAUGGCCAUGGGGGACGAAAGUUAGAUCACAAGUUGCCUGCCCUGCUCACAUCGUUGAGGGUUUUGGUGAUUUAAGUGCUUGUCUAUGAAGUGUAACUUAACUUUUUCUCAUCUGAUAUUACCUUAACAUUUGUACGGCAUAUUUUAUUGAAUCCCACCCUUGGUUAUGACCGUGUGUGAAUGACAGAGGUGAUAUGGAUAACCAGCUUUGAGAGCGUGAGCUAAUGUCAGAAGUGUGGGGGUCUUCGUGGUUGUUUGUCUUGCAGGAUCGAAUGAGGGAGAUGUUUGAGAGCCUGAUGCAUGUAGAUCACCCCAACAUUGUCAAGUUCCAUAAGUACUGGCUGGACACCAGGGAGAGUCGGGCAAGGGUGAGGGACAUGACCAUGCAUGACCUUGGUCACACACAUACAUACAUACAUACAUGUAACCAGCACAUAUUGUAAAUACACAGGAACAAACCGUCAGCGUCCUGGGAAAGUAAUUCACCUCUUUCAAAGUCUAUUCAAAAUGGCUUGUGAAUUUCCAUGACUACAGUACACGGAUAUAUUGUUUUUUACUUUUUGGAUUAACAAGGUUUUCCCAUGACACUGACGUCCCCCCCCCCACACCCCCACUCAUUAGAUCUCCAUGUCUAUCUCCGAACUCAGGUGAUCUUCAUCACAGAGUACAUGUCAUCAGGCAGUCUUAAGCAGUUCUUAAAGAAAACCAAGAAAAACCACAAGACCAUGAAUGUCAAGGUGAGUCCAUUCCAUAGAGCAUGCCAAGGCGAGUCCAUUCCAUAGAGCAUGCCAAGGCGAGUCCAUAGAGCAUGCCAAGGCGAGUCCAUUCCAUAGAGCAUGCCAAGGCGAGUCCAUUCCAUAGAGCAUGCCAAGGCGAGUCCAUUCCAUAGAGCAUGCCAAGGCGAGUCCAUUCCAUAGAGAAUGCCAAGGCGAGUCCAUUCCAUAGAGAAUGCCAAGGCGAGUCAAUUCCAUAGAGCAGGGUUCUUCAAUUCCGGUCCUGGAGGGCCGAAACACUUCUGUUUUUUAUUUCUACCUGGUAGUUAAUUGCACUCACCUGGUGUCCCAGGUCUGAAUUAGCCCCUGAUUAGAAGGAGAGGAUGAAAAACAGAGGUGUUUCGGCCCUCCAGGACCGGAAUUGAAGAACCCUGCCAUAGAGAAUGCCAAGGCGAGUCCAUUCCAUAGAGAAUGAUAGAGGCCUCUAGUGGCCAAAAGGUCGUUUUAGCAUGGGCAGCGCCAUUGAGGGCUUCCACCAUUUUUUAAAGUAGUCAAGUAGUCAAGUGGGUGGGGAUUCCUAUUGUUUGUAGCUUCAAUGGCGUUACCAAUGCUGUCACAGACUAUCUAUCUCUAUGGUCCAUUCCCACUAGUCUUCCUCCCCCACCAUCAAACCUCAAAACUGGGCACACCCCCAUCUAGUGUGUGGCUUUAAAACUACCACAACACAUAGUAUUCAGGAGGUUGCUAGUAGUCACUUAGCCUGUAUUUGUCUCUGGACGCAUUCUAGACCAUCUGCAAAGCAGUCGCGCUGUACAUACUAACCAAUUAGAAUGAUCUGCAGUAGGGCAUCAGAUUGCACUAAUAUGUUAAACACUUAUCCAGACGGUGUGAGAUUGGUUGCAUGACUGCAAUGUAGACGGCCUGGAACGCGCCCACUGUCUUUGUAUCUAUGUAACAGUCAUUCAGUAAAGCUGUGUUUGCCUAUUUUUGUCUCUUGUCUUGCGUGUGGUCGGUUUUUAGGCAUGGAAGCGAUGGUGCACUCAGAUCCUGUCAGCUCUGAGGUAAGAAACCCGGCACCAUUCAUCCUGUCACUCAACACUCACCCCAAUUUAUGCAAUUCUUUCCCACUGGGCAAAAGCCUGAUAUAACACGAAAUCGGCACCUUUUUGUUUGAUUUUUUAAAUUGAUUAUCAACAAACGUGAAUUCUACUUGAAACAAACCAACUCUUGAAAUCCUGUAGUCAAUUUGUGGUUCAAAUCUAGUUAAAAUGACGUUGACCUCUUUUUGCGUUUUCAACCAAAUAUUCCAUUGAUGUUCAACUGCAGUUCAGAUGACUGUGAUAGAACAUUGGUUUAGCAUAUUCUGUGUGAACUCUAUUUAUUCAAUUACAUAUCUGAAGGAUCACAUGAUCACAAAAUAAAAUAAAAAGAAGAUGGUUGCUCCACCAAGCAGUAUCCCAGCAGGUUUAGGGGCGGAUCUGGCUACCGUGUUGUUUACAUGUUUUCUCUUAAAUUAAAUUAGAAUGAUAAUAAACUACUAUAAAAUGAGCAAAUUCAGCAUCAAGCUGAACGAUGUGAAACUGUGUUUCUCCUGUAGAAGAUUUAUGAAGUAAUUUACCACAGUAUGACAUAGCUUAGAUUACACACAGCACAUGACAACACAUAAUAUACUACUCACAUUGAUUUUAACACAGGGCAGACAUACAGCUUGCUGACAUGGCCUUGAAGAUUCUACUGCGACACACACACACACACACACACACACACACACACAAAAAGGCUAGUUUUUUUUUAUGUCCGUAGUUACCUGCAUUCCUGCCACCCGCCCAUAGUCCAUGGCAACUUGACGUGUGACACCAUCUUUAUCCAGCACAACGGACUCAUCAAGAUCGGCUCGGGUAUGUGGUCUACAGGGCAAGGGAAAUAAAGACCCAGUUCUCCACGUUUGCACUAGUUGAAUUUAAAAGCAUAGGAAAAAGGUUUAACCAAUGCUAUGCUUUUAAAAACCAUCGGAGGUAGUACACAAGGGGACACUUGCAGGGAAAAGAUUGGAGAAUUAGAACACAGGUGUUUUAUCUAAGCACAGGUGCUGGACCAAAAACAAUGAACAACAGUCACAGUUCUAGUAAUAAACAGUCAGCUGUUACUAAUGUACCUCUCUACAGACCUACUGUACAGUGAUAUCACAUAUUCUAUCAAGUUGAAUGGGGCUUAUAUAAUUGAAUAAAUAUAUAAAACUUUUCCUCCAUUUUUCUCUUGGGGCAUGAUAAUUUUACACUAAUGCUCUGUUUUUAAUUUUCCCUAUCUUUCUGUUAUGUUACAGUGUGGCAUAGGCUGUUUGUCAAUGGUAAGAAUCCUUAUUUGUCGCAGUUGUUUUUCCUCUAGUCUACAAUCCACUACUUAUUUGAAGUGCUUGUGGCUUUUCAGAAGAGCGCUGUGCAGAACAAAUCUCGGCCCAUCGGAAAACUUUUUUUUAAAAACUUUUUAGGAACUAAGUUCUGUCGUGGUUUAUGCUCUCAAGACUUUGUGUGUAUGUUUACAAGAGAGCCCUUCACUCUGUUUUUUAGAUGACCUAUUCACAACUGCUCUUCAACAGUUUUUUAAUAUAAUCUGUUUUUUGAGAGAGCGUGAAAGAGAUGGAGAGAAUGUAUAUAAUUUGUUUUACUCUGGUCUGCUUGUCCCGUUCCCAGUUUUCCCAGAGGCGAUCUACGGAAAUGUGCAGCAUCAUCGGGAUGAUGAAACAAACCAGCACUAUUUUGCUCCCGAAUACGGCUGUAAGUGUCUGCAUCUCCGAUCUUCCUUACUCUCCCUUUAACUCCAUCUACUCCUCCAUGCAUUUGAUGUAGAUCUUAUUUUAAGCUUGUGUGUUACAAUGACAAUACUCACCCUGAAGAAGGCACAGUGAUGCCGAAACGUUGGUGGUUUCUUACCCAAUAAAUUACUGGGAGUUUAUACAUAGUGUGUGUAUAUGAACAAUACUCCAUCACAUAUUCUGCCUUCCUCUUGUGAUGAUUUAGUUGAUAACUUUAAUAGCAAAUGAAGGGCAACCAUUGAUGCCAUAGCUCCAGUAAGGCUGAAAAAGGCCACAUCCAAACGGAGAAAGCCCCUUGGAUGAGAGAGGAAACUAAUCAAUUAAAGAGAAAUUGCAGAAAGGCAGAGCGGAAGUGGAGAAAGUCAAAGUUGCAGGUCCAUUAUGAUAUUCUGAGAGAGAUACUUGGCAUACAGUAUAUAACAAGGCAAUUAGAAAUGCCAGACGGGCUAAUUUUUCUAACUUGAUCACGAUUCAUCAGAAUAAUUUGAGAGAGCUCUUCUCGACCAUUGAUGGCCUGAUAAAUCCUACCCCCGUAAACCUAUGUGAACUUUCCUCCACAUCUAAAUGUGAUGAGUUUGCGGCAUAUUUCAGAGAUAAGAUACAAACAUUGGGUAUCAGUCAAGCAAGACCUGAUGAGAUGUUUGAUAUGUGCCCUAGUCUACCAUGCAAAGGCACUAUGGAUUUAUUUUCCCUGGUUGACACAGAAAUGGUCAGGAAAGUGAUAUCACAACUUAAGCUUUCUACCUGCCUUCUCGAUCCUAUCCCCACCACCUUCUUUUACUGAAGAAGUGCAAGCUAUUGUUAAUCACUCCCUGUUCACAGGCACAUUCCCCGCUGCACUAAAAACUGCUAUGGUAAAAACCCUUCUGAAGAAAAGUAAUCUAUACUGAACAAAAAUAUUAACGCAGCAUUCAACAAUUUCAACGAUUUUACUGAGUUACAGUUCAUGAAAGAAAAUCAGUCAAUUGAAACAAAUUUAAUUAGGCCCUAAUCUAUGGACUUCACAUGACUGGGCAGGGGAGCAGCCAUGGGUGGGCCUCGGUGGGCAUAGGUCCACCCACUUGGGAGCCUGAACCAUCCACUGGGGAGCCAGGCCUAGCCAAUCAGAAUGAGUUUUUCCCCACGAGGGCUUUAUUACAGACAGAUAUACUCCUGUUUCAUCAGCUGUCUGGGUGGCUGGUCUCAGGCGAUCCCGCAGGUUAAGAAGCUGGAUGUGGAGGUCCUGGGCUGGCGUGGUUACACGUGAUCUGCGGUUGUGAGGCCAGUUGGACGUACUGCCAAAUUCUCUAAAACAACAACGGAGGCGGCUUAUGGUAGAGAAAUGAACAUUCAAUUCUCUGGCAAUAGCUCUGGUGGACAUUCCUGCAGUCAACAUGCCCAUUGCACGCUCCCUCAAAACUUGAGACAACUGUGACAUUGUGUUGUGUGACAAAACUACACAUUGAAAGUGGCCUUUUAUUGUCCCCAGCACAAGGUGCACCUGUGUACCGAUCAUGCUGUUUAAUCAGCUUCUUGAUAUGCCACACCUGUCAGGUGGAUGGAUUAUCUUGGCAAAGGAGAAAUGCUCACUAACAGGGAUGUAAAACAAUUUUUGCACAACAUUUUAGAGAAAUAAGCUUUGUGUGUAUGGAACAUUUCUGGUAUAUUUUAUUUCAGCUAAUGAAACAUGGGACCAACAUGUUGCAUUUAUAUUUUUGUUCAGUAUAGAUUCUUCAGCUAUUAGCAAUUUUCGGCCAAUCUUCCAUUAUUAAGCAAACUUCUGGAGAAAUUGGUGUUCAAACAGCUAAAUGUUUUUUUUAGGUGUCAACUGUAUUUCUUUUAAAUUCCAAUCUGGUUUUCGUGCCCACCACAGCACAGAGACUGCCUUAGUUAAAGUGGUAAAUGAUCUUAGAGCCAACACAGAUGCCAAACAACUCUCUGUCCUUGUACUCUUAGAUUUAAGUGCUGCAUUUGACACUGUUGACCAUGAUGUCCUUCUGGGCAAACUGGAGAGGUGGGUUGGCCUCUCCAGUCCAGUUCUAAAUGGGUUUAGGACCUAUUUAACCGGUCGAGAGUCACCCUUGGUGAACAUAACUCAGAGAAAAUACAUAUCACGUGGCGUUCCACAAAGUUAGAUUUUGGGUCCGGUACUGUUCAGUUUAUACAGUGGGGAGAACAAGUAUUUGAUACACUGCCGAUUUUGCAGGUCUUCAUACUUACAAAGCAUGUAGAGGUCUGUAAUUUUUAUCAUAGGUACACUUAAACUGUGAGAGAUGGAAUCUAAAACAAAACUCCAGAAAAUCACAUUGUAUGAUUUUUAAGUAAUUAAUUUGCAUUUUAUUGCAUGACAUAAGUAUUUGAUACAUCAGAAAAGCAGAACUUAAUAUUUGGUACAGAAACCUUUGUUUGCAAUUACAGAGAUCAUACGUUUCCUGUAGGUCUUGACCAGGUUUGCACACACUGCAGCAGGGAUUUUGGCCCACUCCUCCAUACAGACCUUCUCCAGAUCAUUCAGGUUUCGGGGCUGUUGCUGGGCAAUACAGACUUUCAGCUCCCUCCAAAGAUUUUCUAUUGGGUUAAGGUCAGGAGACUGGACCUUGAGGACCUUGGACCUUGAGAUGCUUCUUACGGAGCCACUCCUUAGUUUCCCUGGCUGUGUGUUUCGGGUCGUGUCAAGCUGGAAGACCCAGCCACGACCCAUCUUCAAUGCUCUUACUGAGGGAAGGAGGUUGUUGGCCAAGAUCUCGUGAUACAUGGCCCCAUCCAUCCUCCCCUCAAUACGGUGCAGUGGUCCUGUCCCCUUUGCAGAAAAGCAUCCCCAAAGAAUGAUGUUUCCACCUCCAUGCUUCACGGUUGGGAUGGUGUUCUUGAGGUUGUACUCAUCCUUCUUCUUCCUCCAAACACGGCGAGUGGAGUUUAUACCAAAAAGCUCUAUUUUUGUCUCAUCAGACCACAUGACCUUCUCCCAUUCCUCCUCUGGUUCAUCCAGAUGGUCAUUGGCAAACUUCAGACGGGCCUGGACAUGCGCUGGCUUGAGCAGGGGGACCUUGCGUGCGCUGCAGGAUUUUAAUCCAUGACGGCGUAGUGUGUUACUAAUGGUUUUCUUUGAGACUGUGGUCCCAGCUCUCUUCAGGUCAUUGACCAGGUCCUGCCGUGUAGUUCUGGGCUGAUCCCUCACCUUCCUCAUGAUCAUUGAUGCCCCACGAGGUGAGAUCUUGCAUGGAGCCCCAGACCGAGGGUGAUUGACCGUCAUCUUGAACUUCUUCCAUUUUCUAAUAAUUGCGCCAACAGUUGUUGCCUUCUCACCAAGCUGCUUGCCGAUUGUCCUGUAGCCCAUCCCAGCCUUGUGUAGGUCUACAAUUUUAUCCCUGAUGUCCUUACACAGCUCUCUGGUCUUGGCCAUUGUGGAGAGGUUGGAGUCUGUUUGAUUGAGUGUGUGGACAGAUGUCUUUUUAUACAGGUAACGAGUUCAAACAGGUGCAGUUAAUACAGGUAAUGAGUGGAGAACAGGAGGGCUUCUUAAAGAAAAACUAACAGUUCUGUGAGAGCCGGAAUUCUUACUGGUCGGUAGGUGAUCAAAUACUUAUGUCAUGCAAUAAAAUGCAAAUUAAUUACUUAAAAAUCAUACAAUGUGAUUUAGAUUCCAUCUCUCACAGUUGAAGUGUACCUAUGAUAAAAAUUACAGACCUCUACAUGCUUUGUAAGUAGGAAAACCUGCAAAAUCGGCAGUGUAUCAAAUACUUGUUCUCCCCACUGUAUAUGUUAACCCUUGGCAGCGUUAUCAGAAAGCACAGCAUUGAUUUUCACUGCUACGCAGAAGAUACACAACUUUACAUUUCUGUGUCACCAGAGAAUUUUACAUCCAUGGAUAAAUUAUUAGACUGUAUUAGUGAUUUAAAUACUUGGAUGGCUCACCUAUUGUUGGAGCCAAAGAACAGAGAGAGAAUCUAGCCGCACAUUUAAAUUCAUGGGCAAUAAAGAUAAAACACCAGGUAAAAAACCUAGGUGUUAUUUUAGAUUCUGAACUAAAUUUCGAAUCACAAAUUAGGAAUGUGACCAAAAUAGCUUUUUACCACCUGAGGAACAUUGCCAAGGUGCGUCCGUUUCUCUCUCAGACUGAUACAGAGACUCAUCCAUGCUUUGAUUACAAGCAGGCUUGACUACUGUAAUGCUCUCCUGUCUGGUCUACCCAAGAAUGCCAUUGGUUAACCGCAAAACAUACAGAAUGCUGCAGCACGGGUACUGACCAAGACCAGGCGGAGAGCACACAUUAUACCGGUUUUAAGGUCUCAGCAUUGGCUGCCUGUGAGUUUUAGAAUACAUUUUAAGAUUAUUUUAUUGUGUUUUUAAAUCAAUCCACGAUUGCGCAGCCCAAUACAAUUUUAAGUUAUGUACCCAGUAGGUCCCUCAGGUCCGCUGGCACUGGCCUUUUAACUAUCCAAAAGCCUAGGACCAAGAGGCAUGGAGAGGCAGCCUUUAGUUACUAUGCUCCCAGCCUCUGGAAUAGCCUGCCAGAGAACCUGAGGGGGGCCGAAACUGUGGACAUAUUUAAAAGAGAUCUUAAAACGCAUCUUUUUAGCUUUACUUUUCCUCAGGGUGCUUUUUAGUUGUUCAGUUUGUCAUUCUUUUGUUUUUUGUCUUGUGUUUGUAGUAAAUAUUUCAGCUUUAAUUUACAUUUGUUUUUUAUUUGUUUUUUCCUGUGAAGGACAUUGCGUCAUAUUUUAUGUUUUGUAAAUUGUGUAAAUUGUCUUCAAAUUGUGUAAAUUGGACAAAGAAGGGUCUCUAUACUCUAUAAAUAACUUUUUUCCUUCUCCCCUGUCUCUCUGUCUCUCUCUCUGUCUCUCUCUCUCUGUCUCUGUCUCUCUCUCUGUCUCUCUCUCUGUCUGUCUCUCUCUGUGUCUGUCUCUGUCUCUCUCUCUGUCUGUCUCUGUCUCUCUCUCCUCUCUCUCUCCUCCUACACUAUUCUGUUUUAGUGGCUGAGGAUGUUUGCUCUAUUGACAUCUUUGCCUUUGGCAUAUGUACCCUGGAGGUAAGACACAAACAAUCCGGGGUGAGGUUUCACCUAGGUAUACAUUUAGGCUCAGUGUCUAGGGGCAACUUCACCCUACGCUGACACAAACACUCUUUCUCUUGCAGUAUUCAAAUAAUAAACACCCAAAUACCCUUUAGAUACACUAAAUGACCAAAGGUAUGUGGACACCUGCUCAUCGAACAUCUCAUCCCAAAAUCAUGGGCAUUAGUAUGGAGUUGGUCCCCCCUUUGCUGCUAUAACAGCCUCCACUCUUCUGGGAAGGCUUUCCACUAGAUGUUGGAACAUUGCUGCGGGGACUUCCAUUCAGCCACAAGCAUUAGUGAGGUCGGGCACUGAUGUUGGGCGAUUAGGCCUGGCUCGCAGUCGGCGUUCCAAUUCAUCCCAAAGGUGUUAGAUGGGAUUGAGGUCAGGGCUCUGUGCAGGCCAGUCAAGUUCUUCCACACCGAUCUCGACAACCCAUUUCUGUGUAGACCUCGCUUUGUGCACAGGGGCAUUGUCAUGCUGAAACAGGAAAGGGCCUUCCCCAAACUGUUACCACAAAUUUGGAAGCACAGAAUUGUGUAGAAUAUAAUUGUAUGCUGUAGCGUUAAGAUUUCCCUUCACUGGAACUAAGGGAACCUAGCCCGAACCAUGAAAAACCGCCCCAGACCAUUAUUCCUCCUCCCACCAAACUCUACAUUUGGCACUAUGCAUUGGGGCAGGUAGCGUUCUCCUUUCAUCCGCCAAACCCAGAUUUGUCCGUCGGACUGCCAGAUGGUGAAGCGUGAUUCAUCACUCCAGAGAAUGCGUUCCCACUGCUCCAGAGUCUAAUUGCGGUGAGCUUUACACCACUCCAGCCGACGCUUGGCAUUGCGCAUGGUGAUCUUAGGCUUGUGUGCGGCUGCUCGGCCAUGGAAACUCAUUUCACGAAACUCCUGACCAACAGUUCUUGUGCGGACGUUGCUUCCAGAGGCAGUUUGCAACUCAGUAGUGAGUGUUGGACAGACGAUUUUUACGCGCUAUGCGCUUCAGCAUUCUGCGGUCCCGUUCUGUGAGCUUGUGUGGCCUACCACUUCGCAGCUGAGCCGUUGUUGCUCCUAGACGUUGCCACUUCAUAAUAACAGCACUUACAGUUGACCGGGGCAGCUCUAGCAAGGCAGAAAUGUGACGAGUUGGAAAGGUGGCAUCCUAUGACGGUGCCACGUUGAAUGUCACUGAGCUCUUCAGUAAGGCCAUUCUACUGCCAAUGUUUGGUCCAUGGAGAUUGCAUGGCUGUGUGAUGGGUUUUAUACACCGGUCAGCAAUGGGUGUGGCUGAAAUAGCCGAAUCCACUAAUUUGAAGGGGUGUUCACAUACUUUUGUGUGUAUAUCACAAAUGAGGGUCACAGAUGUUUAAUUGAUACCCAUAUUUAUGUUAUGUUCAAUAGACUCGAAACAGGAAAAAACAUUCCCGAAACCAAGGAUGUUUUUUACCUGAACUCGUCCAAUAAGCCAUUCUCAUUUUCCGAUUUUUAAAAAUGUUUCUCCUUUUUUUGUGCCUACUGAUGGAUAAUAUUAACCACAAAUGCAACACAGAGUCGUGUUCAUUAGGCACCAAACGGAAGAAAACUGACCGAAAGAGGGAGGAACCACUAUAAUAAACACGCACAUUUACACUUUCUGGUUUUAAUGUUUUUCCCCGUUGCGUGCCUUAAUAAACACCAUCCAGCAUAUGUUUUUAUUUUUUUGGGUCCUCCCCAACUGUAGAUGGCAGUGUUGGAGAUCCAGGCCAACGGGGACACUGUGGUAUCCAAGGAGGCUAUAACCCAUGCUGCCCAGUCAUUAGAGGACCCGCUCAUAAAGGCAAGUCACACAGGAGUAGUGGGCAUUCGCGAUGGAGUCUAUAAAGUCAGAAGUAAUUUGCCACAGGGCAAAAAAAACUGGUUGCUUUCAUAUUAGGUAUUUACGACUUAAUAUUUACGUUUUUAGUCAUUUAGCAGACUCUCUUCUCCAGAGCGACUUACAGUUAGUGAGUGCAUACAUUUUUUCAUACUGGUCCCCCAUGGGAAUCGAACCCACAACCCUGGCCAUAUGACAUCUUCUCAACCAGAAAACGUUGUUAAGAUGCCGUGGCAAAUUUUGCCUGCUGGGUUAGUGCUACAUUAGCUGGCAUCUUCACUUACCAUCUUGCAACGCUCACUUAUUUCAGCAGUUUAACGCACACAACAUAGGUUGUUCUCAGUUUCUUCAUUUUUGCUUCAGUAAAAUAGUUGCUCCUGCCAGGAUGCCAGUAUUUUCUCUAAAGUAAAUGAAGGAGACACUGCCAUAUGCAGUGGUUUGCAAUGACUUUAACCACUGGGUGUUCAUUCUGGAAAAAUGGUGAUUUAAUAACCAAUAAUUAUGGAAUAUUAGAAUCCCCAAUUAUACAACUCCUAAGGAUUCAUUGUACUGUAGUGGUAAAUGUGUUAAGGAAAGUUGCCAGCCGCUAUAAUACAUUGAGUCAAACUGUUGGGUGUGCCAUCUUUGUUGGGUGUGCCAUCUUUGUCAGUAUGCCAUCUUUGUCAGUCACUGAAGCCACGGCUCUCGCUAAUACCCAUGACACAUUUCUUCCUUCCUUCCUACCAAGUGUUUGUAGUAACUCUGUGAAAGAUGACAGGCAGUUAUAUAGGCACAUUGUUAGAUGUGUGUAGGAAAGAUGUCAGCAGCCGUAAUGCUAUACGGUACAUGGCAUCUUUUUUUUGUUGCACGCCAGUCACUAAGGCGAUGGCUCUCUCCAAUUACCAAUUUACACAGUUCCUCUAUCCUACCAAAGGUUCACCGUGCCGUUUUUACAUUCAAAAUGAUUUCACACUAAAUCACCACGUGUUUGCGCCAGAGUCUAGCAGUGGUGUUACCCCCCCCCCCCCCCACAUGAAGGCAGCGGUUCCCUGUUUAAAAAUCACCACAUUCCACCAGUAGUAGUAGUAGUAGUAGUAGUAGUAGUAGUAACUCUAUGCCCCUCCCUUUCCCUCGUCUAUUACAGGAGUUCACCCAGUCGUGUGUACGCAUGGACGCCAAAAAGAGACCCACGGCCCACGACCUGCUGUUUCACAGGGUUCUGUUUGAGGUGCACUCUCUCAAGCUGCUGGCUGCCCAUUGCUUUAUCAACUAUCAGUGUGAGUAAUGUCGCAUCGGAGAGGUACAUUUUACAUUCCUGACACAAUUGGUUGAGAAACAUCCCACCAUCUCUUUUCAGUCUCAUGUUCCAAAAUUUGAAAUUUUGUUUUAUUUUAUUUUUACAUCGGAUAAAAGUACAGACUCAGAGCGUCAAAAUGGCAUAUCAUACACUGUAGAUGGAGGAAACAUGGAAGAAAUGCUGCUUUAAAAGUUGAUAAAUGGUCCUCUGUAGCUCAGCUGGUAGAGCACGGCGCUUGUAACGCCAAGGUAGUGGGUUCGAUCCCCGGGACCACCCCAUACACAAAAAUGUAUGCACGCAUGACUGUAAGUCGCUUUGGAUAAAAGCGUCUGCUAAAUGGCUUAUUAUUAUUAUUAUUAUUAUUAUUAUUAUUUAUCCCAUUUAGGAGAAAAGGGCAUUUAAACAUUUCACACUUGCUCUACAUCAGUGUUUCCCAAACUCAGUCCUGGGGACCCCAAAUGGUGCACGUUUUGGUUUUUGCCUAGCACUAGACAGCUGAUUCAAAUAAUCAAAGCUUGAUGAUUAGUUGAUUAUUUGAAUGAGCUGUGUAGUGCUUGGGGCUCCCGAGUGGCGCAGCGGUCUAAGGCACUGCAUCUCAGUGCUUGAGGCGUCACUACAGACCCCCUGGUUCGAUUCCAGGCUGUAUCACAACCGGCCGUGAUUGGGAGUCCCAUAGGGCGGCGCACAAUUGGCCCAGCGUCAUCCGGGUUUGGCCGGUGUAGGCCGUCAUUGUAAAUAAGAAUUUGUUUUUAACUGACUUGCCUAGUUAAAUAAAUAAAAAAUAGGGCAAAAAGCUAAAUGUGCACCCCUUGGGGUCGCCAGGACUGAGUUCUGGAAACGCUGCACUACAUCAAUCCUUGGGAAACUUAUAGAUUUAGAAAAUGAAUACUUUCGCCAAAAUUGAUUCUCUGAACAUUAUCUCACCAAGUUAACCCAUUAGGCAAACCAUUUACAGUGUUAAUUUGCCUACUGUUGUAUAAAAAAGAUAACUUUUCACAUUGAACAGCUCCUUGUUAGCGCCCAUUUAGCAUCGUUCACAUACUCCUAAACCCUUAAGGCUUGAUUGAUUAGUUGAUUAUUUGAAUGAGCUGUGUAGUGCUUGGGGCUCCCGAUUGGCAUGCUUGCUUCCCAGCCGAAACAGUUCGUUUGUGCAUAUGUAUAUUAUGACAACAUUUUGUGAUGUUUUAGACUUCGAUUCGUUUUUUUUUUUUUCAGGAGGCAAGGGAUUCUUCAAUAAAGUCUUUGUUGUCAUUCAACGAGAGACGACUUGUUUUCAUGCACAUUUUGUCAUUGAAAAAUACUGCACCAAACAUCUUUAGUUAGAUGUAAAAUUGCACGACUAAAAUCUCUUAAGGCAAAAAACGUCAAAAUUUAAUGACAGAUUUCUUGAGUUCUCUUAGAUUGAUUCUGACUAUUUUGAGGAAGGGUAUACUGGCUAUGGCGUCUCAAAAUGGACAAACAGUACUAUUGCCGCUUUCUUUCUUGUUUUUCAAGCGAAGGUCUUUAAGGGAGUAUUCGAGCACACUCGUUCGGCAUGCUCACACCUUUAGACCCACCCAUCUUUUUAAAGAAUUCACAUUGGAACACGUGACUGUGGACAUGUGCUAAAGCAGUGAGGUAGUGCUUAAAAAAACAAAGAUUUAAACAAAAUACUUUAUUAACUUCAAGUGCUAGGUAGUGCAAGAUAGUAGCCUACACAAAAGGUAAAAACAUUAUCUAGACCUAGGCCUAUAUCGUAAGAUCAUUUUGAGUAACUUUGGUUCAGGUUAUGUAUGAUAUGAACAAAGGAAUCUAGCCUGAGAGCAUAUUUCUGUCCUGCCCUUUGAAUCAGGACAUGUAAUGUCCAUGGCUUUUUCAUUGCAAAAGUCCUGAUCUUCUCAAAAAGAUAUGUUUGUCGGGUUGUGUCCAGUCUGGGGUAUGCCUUCACAUCUCUGGGAGGAAGGAGGUGAAUAUUGCACAGCAAUGAGUGAAAGCAAAACCAGGAUCCAGACAAUUAACGCUGUAAAGGAGGAAAGCAGACAAAAAUAGACAAGACAUUAAAACGUUUUGAAUACCAGCAAUAACAUUCAUUGACCCCCAAGUUCAAGCAAUAAGCUCAAUGUACAAAGACAAAAUACCUGAAGUGUUGCUUGUUCACCCUCGAUCAUCUCCUUGGUGGCGGAGAGCCGCUGGAAGACAAAUUCCAGAAAUGGGUUAAAACAAUAAUUAAUUAAUGUCCCAUAGCUUGUUAUUGCCUGUUGAAUACUACAGCGGUACUAAAAUGCCCCGUACACACUUACGCUUCCAACACACCGGCUGCGUCUUUUACGUUUUGGUACACCAGAAGUACAUUCAUUUCCAAUGGAACGCUGCGAUUGCCUUGCAGCAUUGCGUUGCAGAGGCAGUUGCAGUGUGUUCUGUGUGGUGCAUACGUUGGAUUUAUCGAACGUAUGCAUCAAAAACUGUAUGCGUAAACGGGUUGACAGAAAUGAUAGCAGAAGGUGAAUGUUGAACUUUUGUUGCACACAUAUCUAGAUGAUCCUGCAUAUAGCAUACUAUUUUGCGUAAUGACACAGUCGUGUGUUCAAAGCCUUACACCUCGAUCACACUGACAGUGUCUUGCGCAAAAUGGUACGCUGCAUCAUCUGGAUAUGUGUGCAACAAAAGUUCAACAUUCACCUUCUGCUAGCAUUUCUGUCAAGCCAUGUCCGCAUACAGUUUGAUGCAUACGUUCGAUAAAUCCAACGUAUGCACCACACAGAACGAACUGCCUCUGCAACGCAAUACUGCAAGGCAAUCGCAGCGUUCCAUUGGAAAUUAAUGUACUUCUGCUGUACCAAAACGUAAACACUGUCGGUGUGAUUGAGGCGUUAACCUGCUUCCAGCCCAACAAUGGCAAUGCAGACACUACAAGAGAACUAAAUUAAGCAAAAAAAGAAAUGUCCUCUCACUGUCAACUGCGUUUAUUUUCAGCAAACUUAACAUGUGUAAAUAUUUGUAUGAACAUAAGAUUCAACAACUGAGACAUAAACUGAACAAGUUCCACAGACAUGUGACUUUGAAUCUUAUUGAAAAAUUGAAUAAUGUGUCCCUGAACAUUUUUACAUUUUAGUCAUUUAGCAGACGCUCUUAUCCAGAGCGACUUACAGUUAGUGAGUGCAUACAAUACAUUAUUUAUUAAUUUUUUCAUACUGGCCCCCCGUGGGAAUCGAACCCACAACCCUGGCGUUGCAAACGCCAUGCUCUACCAACUGAGCUCCAUCCCUGCCAGCCAUUCCCUCCCUACCCUGGACGACGCUGGGCUAAUUGUGUGCCGCCUAUUUGUACACUAUCUUCUUAAAAGCGUAUUUUAAACCUAACCUUAACCACACUGAUAACCUUAUGCAUAACCCUAACCUUAAAUUAAGAUCAACAAACACAUUUUUGUUUUCAUUAUCUUUUACGAUAUAGCCUAUUUUUACUUUGAGGCUGUCGUAACUAGUGACAACCUAUCACGAGCUCCAACCGCAAAAGUAAACAUUUCCGUAAUAGUGUGGCUGUUUUAUAACUAAUUACGGCUUAAUUGAAUGAAAAAGCUAAGUGCCAAAGUUGAUUUAUAAUAGGUUUAUCAAGCUAAUGAAUCAUUUAGUGUACUCGUACCAGCCUACUUUACUGGUAGCUAGGGUGCUAAGGGGGGGUCAAAAUCAAAAGUAACAGAUAGUAUCUGGUGUGGCAACUAGCUGCAUUAAGUACUGCAGUGCAUCUCCUCCUCAUGGACUGCACCAGAUUUGCCAGUUAUUGCUGUGAGAUGUUACCCCACUCUUCCACCAAGGCACCUGCAAGUUCCUGGACAUUUCUAGGGGGAAUGGCCCUAGCCCUCACCCUCCAAUCCAACAGGUCCCAGACGUGCUCAAUGGGAUUGAGAUCCGGGCUUUUCGCUGGCCAUGGCAGAACACUGACAUUCCUGUCUUGCAGGAAAUCACGCACAGAACGAGCAGUAUGGCUGGUAGCAUUAUCAUGCUGGAGGGUCAUGUCAGGAUGAGCCUGCAGGAAGGGUACCACAUGAGGGAGGAGGAUGUCUUCCCUGUAACGCACAGCGUUGGGAUUUCCUGCAAUGACAACAAGCUCAGUCCGCCCCAGACCAUGACGGACCCUCCACCUCCUAUGGGUUUGUGCCCAUAGGUGACGUUGUUGCCGGUGAUGUCUGUUGAGGACCUGCCUUUAAAACAGGUCUACACGCCCUCAGUACAGCCUCUCUCAGCCUAUUGCGGACAGUCUGAGCACUGAUGGAGGGAUUGUGUGUUCCUGGUGUAACUCGGGCAGUUGUUGUUGCCAACUUGUACCUGUCCCGCAGGUGUGAUGUUCGGAUGUACUGAUCCUGUGCAGGUGUUGUUACAUGUGGUCUGCCACUGCGAGGACGAUCAGCUGUCCGUCCGGUCUCCCUGUAGCGCGGUCUUAGGCGUCUCACUGUUUAUUUAUGAAAUGUAUUGCCCUGUCCACAUCUGCAGUCCUCAUGCCUCCUUGCAGCAUGCCUAAGGCACGUUCAUGCAGAUGAACAGGGAUCCUGGGCAUCUUUCUUUUGGUGUUUUUCAGAGUCAGUAGAAAGGCCUCUUUAGUGUCCUAAGUUUUCAUAACUGUGACCUUAAUUGCCUACCGUCUGUAAGCUUAGUGUCUUAACGACCGUUCCACAGGGUGCAUGUUCAUUAAUUGUUUAUGGUUCAUUGAACAAGCAUGGGAAACAGUGUUUAACUCCUUUAAAAUGAAGAUCUGUGAAGUUAUUUGGAUUUUUAGGAAUUCUCUUUGAAAGACAGGGUCCUGAAAAAGAGACGUUUCUUUUUUUUGCUGAGUUUAGCUAGAUUUAGCAAACAUUUAGAUUCUUAAUUACCAGCUGGCUAGAUGUAAAUGGUAUUCAUCUAGCUAGCCAGCUAGUUGAGCAUGCAAAAAUAUUACUUCAAUCUAUAUAAUCCAAUAGCUAGCUAACGUUAGCUAUUUAGCUAUCAUGUCAUUGUGGCUAGCUAGCCAACUUAGCAUGUGUCCCUAUCACUUAAAAUGGGGUUUGAUUAGCAUUCGCACCACAGUGGCUAUUUUCGAUAGUUCGCUAGUUAAACUGGCAAACAUGACAAAUAUUAUCAUCAUGUCAUCUAUAGCUUAGCACAUCAGCAAUCAACAUUAACAGCAGAAUGCAACUGGCUAGCUGGCUAUAACGUUGCUUCGUCCCGCAAGGAGCCAUCUGUAAACAAUGGCUCGUUGAGGGACGAAGCAAUCUAUAACGGUACCUGUAUGCAGCUGUCUAGCUAGCUAGCUAUAUAGCUAACAAUAGCUAGCAAUGAAAACUACUUUUUGGAUAUAGUUGAGACAGCUACAUCAUGCACAUGCGUUAUUAUCUUGGAAUUUUAACUGUAGACUCUUACCGGUGUAUGGAUUAUGAUGAUUCACGGCAGACUGAAACACUUUCAAAAUGAUCCUUCCCACUCGGCUUCAACCAGUCCAGACUGCAUUAGCCCCAGAAGACAGAGCUGUGUCGAUACCAGCAGCAGUAUUCAGGACAACACUGGUAUUGAAAGCUGUAGCUACACUUUGCAUGGAGUCCAUGAUGGAAAAUAUGAUUAAAUCCAAUGGAUCGUUGUAAUGUCCGCGGUAGCAGAGAGCAGGAUGCGCCAUUUGACAGACAAGCCUUGAGAGACAGAAUGGACUCCUUUCUUGUGAAUGUCCCAGCCCACUCAUUAUCUCAACCAAUCAUGGCUAGGCAUUUUCUCAGCGUCUAAACAGCUUCGUGAUUUCACAUUUUGGUAUUUAUAUUUACAGAUUAGUUUGUUAUGGCACAUAAAAGUUCACAUGCUCAAAAAGGCACUUCUGCAAAAAAAAAUGCAUUUAUAUGGAGGGGGGGAAAAAAACGUUUUUUUUAUGUUCAAAUGCCUCUCCUGUGAAGUAGUGACAUCUGUCAUACACCCAGCUUUCUGAAAGGGGUCACAAAUACAAUGUUUUAGGAUUUUGUUAAUUAGUCCACUGUGAAUACAAUCCCACAUUUCUUUUUCAGGUUAGGAGUCAAAUAUCCCUUUGACUCUUGUCACAUUAAAAAAGUUGAAGAUUUCUCUUCUAGAGGUCAAUAAAAUGAAAUAAAGUCUCCAUAUGAAUCACAUAACGGCAGUCUUAAAUGCACUCCCUCUUAACAGAUCAGCUUCAUGAUAACUGCCUAGAAGAGAAGACCAGGACUUUCGACCCCAAUGGUGUGAUGGCUGAGAUCAAGCAUGGGGACCGGCCCGGGGUGGAGAUCAAGUAAGGAUCGAGCAAAACCUGUCCCCAGGCAGAGACCCCAAGGUCUGUAUGAUUGAUUGAGGUGAUUUGUUGAUAGUACUCAUGCUGUCACAUUUCUCAUUGUUUCCUAAAGGUACUCUAAUGUUUCCCCGCUAGAACUGGACAAAUUCCUGGAAGACGUCAAGUAAGUGUGGGCGCUGGAGGACAUAUUGGGUCAAAGGUCAUUUGAUUUAAUUUAUUUUAUAGUUAAAAGUGGAAGGCUGCUCCAGCCGGAGACGACGUUACAUACAUUCAUAAUGAUCAAGGAUAUAAACAGAAUAAAGCCCUUAAAGGCUUAUUUCCAUUGUGGUCCUCUUAUUUGAUAUUGUCCAUCAAGACUGGAUCCUGUUCAGACAAUGAGGGCCUGGUGUGCUAGGCAUUUACCCCAGUGCUUUUUUUUUUUUUUUCUUUCAAGAAGGAAUAAAGCAUAGGAAGGAGGGGAUGCAAUUUAAAGGUGGAAUAAACUGUGUACCCAAACCUUUGUUGAUUACGGUAAUCUAAUUUAGUCUAAUUGCUUUUGGUCUGCACAUCAUCAAAUGUUAUGGGUGUGCAUCUGCAGCUCAUAUAUCUGGUAUAAACAAAUCAAAUGACCUAUGAUUGGAUCCAGAUCGGACCUGAGCAGCUUGCGCCAACAACUGGCAUUCAGUCGUGUCCUCUUUCCAUCUCUUAUCUGCUUUGUAAUUGGAUGGUUAUACACAUACAUUUUGUGUUUAUUAGAGUUGUCCACUAUUUUAUUUAGAUUUUAGUCAUUUAGCGGACGCUCUUAUCCAGAGCGACUUACAGUUAGUGAGUACAUACAUUUUUCAUACUGGCCCCCCGUGGGAAUCGAACCCACAACCCUGGCCAUGCUCUACCAACUGCGCUGCACUUGUUCCUCGCCACUUGCCAGCCGUCAUUGUAAAUAAGGAUCUGUUCUUAACUGACUCGCCUGGUUUAAAUACGAAAUUUGAUAUGAUCUACAUAGUAAACCUCUUUAAUCCUAGGUUUGUCCUACUUUCCAGUUGGAUGUUAGAACCCUCCGCUCUGAUGGCUGCCAUCUCAUAUGUGUUAACUAUAUCACUUGACUUCUUCCCCCUUACUAGCCCUUACUUCCCCCUGACUUCCCCCUUACUAGCCCUUACUUCCCCCUGACUUCCCCCUGACUUCCCCCUGACUUCCCUCUGACUUCCCCCUUACUAGCUCUGACUUCCCCCUGACUUCCCCCUUACUAGCUCUGACUUCCCCCUGACUUCCCCCUUACUAGCUCUGACUUCCCCCUGACUUCCCCCUUACUAGCUCUGACUUCCCCCUGACUUCCCCCUUACUAGCUCUGACUUCCCCCUGACUUCCCCCUUACUAGCUCUGACUUCCCCCUGACUUCCCCCUUACUUCCCCCUUACUAGCUCUGACUUCCCCUUUACUAGCCCUUACUUCCCCCUUACCAGCCCUUACUAGCUCUGACUUUGCGGCUAGCUACUUUAUUGAGGGAAAAAGUGUACUUACUAUGACCGUGAUAAGUGGUUGUCUCACUAACUGCAAGUCGCUCUGGAUAAGAGUGUCCGUUAAAUGACUUAAAUGUUUAAAAAAAAACUCAACUCAAUUACGUCUAUAAGAUUUCCCAAGGGACUGUUUUCCCUUUCCCCUUUUCAUACUGACUGUGGCAUUUAGUUAGUAUUUAAAGUAAAGACUGUACAUCACAUGACUUAACUCAUUUAGUCUGUUUUUCAAUUGAUUGGAUUGGAUUGGCUCUUUCUGUGCGUAUACACUAGGAAUGGGAUCUAUCCCUUGAUGAACUUCCAGCGGGGCCUCACCAUGCCCCGGACCCUGUCCAUCUUCCAGGAGCGCAUGGAGACGGUGAAGACUCCUAGCCCAGAGCCCCAGGAGAUGGAGACCAGAAAGGUAACCACAAUACAGGCAACACCCAAUCAAAACGUUGCGGUAAACAAUUAACAUCUAAACAGUCUCUUUAACUGGCAACCGGAAGGCUGCUGGUUUUAGAUACCAGAUGGUACCAUCUUCUGCCGUUGUGCCCUUAAGCAAGACACUUAGGCACUAAAAUAGUGUGUUUGUGAGUCGUCUGUGAGGCAGAGCGGAAUAACAAUUUCUACUCUAUGCUUUAGUCUAAUUAACCUUCUUGUCUGCUUUCAAUUACAGGUGGUCCCCUAUUGUAAUGAAAUCAGUUUAGCUAAUGUUUUCCCUCUAUGUCCUGCUUUAAACUGUACAGGUUGUCCAAAUGCAUUGUAACUUAGAGUUCGCUGAUGAAGGUACCAGAAGUCAUGUGAGUUUGGCCCAUGUUUAUUUUCAUCUACAGAACUUACACUUUAAAAGGAAGAAAGAUUUGUUGCUGAAAUGUGAAAAGAGUCCGAGCUUUUAUAACUAUACAAAAAUAAUUGCACGAUAAAACAUUUCCUUGUCCAUGGUUUGUGUGGUCUAGUGGUUAGUGGCCGUGGUUUGUGUGGUCUAGUGGUUAGUGGCCGUGGUUUGUGUGGUCUAGUGGUUAGUGGCCAUGGUUUGUGUGGUCUAGUGGUUAGGGGCCAUGGUUUGUGUGGUCUAGUGGUUAGUGGCCAUGGUUUGUGUGGUCUAGUGGUUAGGGGCCAUGGUUUGUGUGGUCUAGUGGUUAGUGGCCAUGGUUUGUGUGGUCUAGUGGUUAGUGGCCGUGGUUUGUGUGGUCUAGUGGUUAGUGGCCAUGGUUUGUGUGGUCUAGUGGUUAGUGGCCAUGGUUUGUGUGGUCUAGUGGUUAGUGGCCAUGGUUUGUGUGGUCUAGUGGUUAGUGGCCAUGGUUUGUGUGGUUAGUGGCCAUGGUUUGUGUGGUCUAGUGGUUAGUGGCCAUGGUUUGUGUGGUCUAGUGGUUAGUGGCCAUGGUUUGUGUGGUCUAGUGGUUAGUGGCCAUGGUUUGUGUGGUCUAGUGGUUAGUGGCCAUGGUUUGUGUGGUCUAGUGGUUAGUGGCCAUGGUUUGUGUGGUCUAGUGGUUAGUGGCCAUGGUUUGUGUGGUCUAGUGGUUAGGGGCCAUGGUUUGUGUGGUCUAGUGGUUAGUGGCCAUGGUUUGUGUGGUCUAGUGGUUAGGGGCCAUGGUUUGUGUGGUCUAGUGGUUAGUGGCCAUGGUUUGUGUGGUCUAGUGGUUAGUGGCCAUGGUUUGUGUGGUCCAGUGGUUAGUGGCCAUGGUUUGUGUGGUCCAGUGGUUAGGGGCCAUGGUUUGUGUGGUCUAGUGGUUAGGGGCCAUGGUUUGUGUGGUCUAGUGGUUAGGGGCCAUGGUUUGUGUGGUCUAGUGGUUAGUGGCCAUGGUUUGUGUGGUCUAGUGGUUAGUGGCCAUGGUUUGUGUGGUCUAGUGGUUAGUGGCCAUGGUUUGUGUGGUCUAGUGGUUAGUGGCCAUGGUUUGUGUGGUCUAGUGGUUAGUGGCCAUGGUUUGGUGUGGUCUAGUGGUUUAGUGACCAUGGUUUGUGUGGUCUAGUGGUUAGUGGCCAUGGUUUGUGUGGUCUAGUGGUUAGGGGCCAUGGUUUGUGUGGUCUAGUGGUUGGUGGCCAUGGUUUGUGUGGUCUAGUGGUUAGUGGACCAUGGUUUGUGUGGUCCUAGUGGUUAUGGGGCCAUGGUUGUGUGGUCUAGUGGUUAGUGGCCAUGGUUGUGGUAGUGGUUAGUGGCCAUGGUUUGUGUGGUUUAGUGGUUAGUGGCCAUGGUUUGUGUGGUCUAGUGGUUAGUGGCCAUGGUUUGUGUGGUCUAGUGGUUAGUGGCCAUGGUUUGUGUGGUCUAGUGGUUAGUGGCCAUGGUUUGUGUGGUCUAGUGGUUAGUGGCCAUGGUUUGUGUGGUCUAGUGGUUAGGGGCCAUGGUUUGUGUGGUCUAGUGGUUAGGGGCCAUGGUUUGUGUGGUCUAGUGGUUUAGUGGCCAUGGUUUGUGUGGUCUAGUGGUUAGUGGCCAUGGUUUGUGUGGUCUAGUGGUUAGGGGCCAUGGUUUGUGUGGUCUAGUGGUUAGUGGCCAUGGUUUGUGUGGUCUAGUGGUUAGUGGCCAUGGUUUGUGUGGUCUAGUGGUUAGUGGCCAUGGUUUGUGUGGUCUAGUGGUUAGGGGCCAUGGUUUGUGUGGUCUAGUGGUUAGGGGCCAUGGUUUGUGUGGUCUGUGGUUAGGGGCCAUGGUUGUGUGGUCUAGUGGUUAGGGGCCAUGGUUUGUGUGGUCUAGUGGUUAGGGCCAUGGUUUGUGUGGUCUAGUGGUUAGUGGCCAUGGUUUGUGUGGUCUAGUGGUUAGUGGCCAUGGUUUGUGUGGUCUAGUGGUUAGUGGCCAUGGUUUGUGUGGUCUAGUGGUUAGUGGCCAUGGUUUGUGUGGUCUAGUGGUUAGGGGCCAUGGUUUGUGUGGUCUAGUGGUUAGUGGCCAUGGUUUGUGUGGUCUAGUGGUUAGUGGCCAUGGUUUGUGUGGUCUAGUGGUUAGUGGCCAUGGUUUGUGUGGUCUAGUGGUUAGUGGCCAUGGUUUGUGUGGUCUAGUGGUUAGUGGCCAUGGUUUGUGUGGUCUAGUGGUUAGGGGCCAUGGUUUGUGUGGUCUAGUGGUUAGGGGCCCAUGGUUUGUGUGGUCUAGUGGUUAGGGGCCAUGGUUUGUGUGGUCUAGUGGUUAGUGGCCAUGGUUUGUGUGGUCUAGUGGUUAGUGGCCAUGGUUUGUGUGGUCUAGUGGUUAGGGGCCAUGGUUUGUGUGGUCUAGUGGUUAGGGACCAUGGUUUGUGUGGUCUAGUGGUUAGUGGGCCAUGGUUUGUGUGGUCUAGUGGUUAGUGGCCAUGGUUUGUGUGGUCUAGUGGUUAGUGGCCAUGGUUUGUGGGGUCUAGUGGUUAGUGGCCAUGGUUUGUGUGGUCUAGUGGUUAGGGGCCAUGGUUUGUGUGGUCUAGUGGUUAGGGGCCAUGGUUUGUGUGGUCUAGUGGUUAGGGGGCCAUGGUUUGUGUGGUCUAGUGGUUUAGGGGCCAUGGUUUGUGUGGUCUAGUGGUUUAGGGGCCAUGGUUUGUGUGGGUCUAGUGGUUAGGGGCCAUGGUUUGUGUGGUCUAGUGGUUAGGUGGCCAUGGUUUGUGUGGUCUAGUGGUUAGGGGCCAUGGUUGUGUGUGGUCUAGUGGUUAGUGGCCAUGGUUUGUGUGGGUCUAGUGGUUUAGUGGCCAUGGUUUGUGUGGUCUAGUGGUUAGUGGCCAUGGUUUGUGGUGGUCUAGUGGUUAGUGGCCAUGGUUUGUGUGGUCUAGUGGUUAGUGGCCAUGGUUUGUGUGGUCUAGUGGUUAGGGGCCAUGGUUUUGUGUGGUCUAGUGGUUAGGGGCCAUGGUUUGUGUGGUCUAGUGGUUAGGGGCCAUGGUUUGUGUGGUCUAGUGGUUAGGGCCCAUGGUUUGUGUGGUCUAGUGGUUAGUGGCCAUGGUUUGUGUGGUCUAGUGGUUAGGGGCCAUGGUUUGUGUGGUCUAGUGGUUAGGGGCCAUGGUUUGUGUGGUCUAGUGGUUAGGGGCCAUGGUUUGUGUGGUCUAGUGGUUAGUGGCCAUGGUUUGUGUGGUCUAGUGGUUAGGGGCCAUGGUUUGUGUGGUCUAGUGGUUAGGGACCAUGGUUUGUGUGGUCUAGUGGUUAGGGGCCAUGGUUUGUGUGGUCUAGUGGUUAGUGGCCAUGGUUUGUGUGGUCUAGUGGUUAGUGGCAAAGGUUUGUGUGGUCUAGUGGUUAGGGGCCAUGGUUUGUGUGGUCUAGUGGUUAGGGGCCAUGGUUUGUGUGGUCUAGUGGUUAGGGGCCAUGGUUUGUGUGGUCUAGUGGUUAGGCGCCAUGGUUUGUGUGGUCUAGUGGUUAGUGGCCAUGGUUUUUGUGGUCUAGUGGUUAGUGGCCAUGGUUUGUGUGGUCUAGUGGUUAGGGGCCAUGGUUUGUGUGGUCUAGUGGUUAGGGGCCAUGGUUUGUGUGGUCUAGUGGUUAGUGGCCAUGGUUUGUGUGGUCUAGUGGUUAGGGGCCAUGGUUUGUGUGGUCUAGUGGUUAGGGGCCAUGGUUUGUGUGGUCUAGUGGUUAGGGGCCAUGGUUUGUGUGGUUAGGGGCCAUGGUUUGUGUGGUCUAGUGGUUAGUGGCCAUGGUUUGUGUGGUCUAGUGGUUAGGGGCCAUGGUUUGUGUGGUCUAGUGGUUAGGGGCCAUGGUUUGUGUGGUCUAGUGGUUAGGGGCCAUGGUUUGUGUGGUCCAUGGUUUGUGUGGUCUAGUGGUUGUGGCCAUGGUUUUGUGUGGUCUAUGUGGUUAGGGGGCCAUGUGGUUGUGUUCUAGUGGUUAUUCCAUGGUUUGUGUGGUCUAGUGGUUAGGGGCCAUGGUUUGUGUGGUCUAGUGGUUAGUGCUGCAGACCCAGGCACUCACAUACAGUAUGCACGAGAGUUGGCAUUGGUUCAAAUCUGACCCAGUGCGCACUCGCACCUCUCUUUUUAUAACAGCUAAUAAAACCAAUUAAAUAAAUAAAAAUAUGCAAGGAAUGAUAAAAUACAUUUCCUAAACUUUUAAUUCUCUCUUUUUGGCUGCAGCUCUCUCUCCUCCUGAAGAUGGACGACAAGCUCCAACGCCAGCUAAACUGUGAUGUGCUGCCCAGUGAGUCAAUCCAACGUUCCACAAAGUUAUUGUAAUGUUAUUGUGUACCUUUUUUUUGACGUCAUAUUAACCAAACAGGAGGAUAUAAGUGCAACUUCUGGUCCUAUGGGCUGGGUAAACUGGUUUCGGAGACCUUUCAAAAACAGCUUGUGGUGUAACGUGGCACGGUUGGAGUUCAUGUUCUUGACAAGGCAAUGUGUGGUACAGUAAAAAGAAACAGUCACUAACUUAUGGAAUUAGGCUAAGACUCCACUGUGGAUCAACAUAUAACUCUAAGUUACAAUGCAUUUGGACAACCUGUACAAUUUAAAGCAGGACAUAGAGGGAAAACAUUAGCUAAACUGAUUUCAUUACAAUAGGGGACCACCUGUAAUUGAAAGCAGACAAGAAGGUUAAUUAGACUAAAGCAUAGAGUAGAAAUUGUUCUUCUGCUCUGCUUGGUAUCAGUUACUAGGUAAUUAACAACCACAUGCCAAUAUACAGAAGGGCUGUUACAAGUGCAGAUAUACAGCGCCAUCUUUUGGAUUAUUCAGAAUUUAUUAUUAAGUAAUAAUAAUAAUAAUAAUAUGCCAUUUAGCAGACGCUUUUAUCCAAAGCGACUUACAGUCAUGCGUGCAUACAUUUUUGUGUAUGGGUGGUCCCGGGGAUUGAACCCACUACCUUGGCGUUACAAGCGCCGUGCUCUACCAGCUGAGCUACAGUGACUCUCAGUAGAUCUCUUGCAGUUUUAAAGGGGAAGUUCAGGAUUUUAUUUGAUGUUAGAUGUUUCCUCACCCUGAAAGUAGUCUAUGGGCCAGGAAAAACUGGAAUCUUGUGUUUUGGUUUUCUUUAAACAGCCACUACAAACAUCAGCAACUGCUAGCAAAAAAAUCUAUGGGAGUGAAAGGGGACCCUUUAACUGUAGGACUGGAUGAGGAGCUUUAUAUAUUAAGGUUUGUGGUGGCUGUUUGUGUUUUCCAAUUUAGCUGACAGCGCCAAAGACCUGGCUAGUGAGCUGGUUUACUUCGCCUUCAUCAGUGAGGUAAGUGGAGUGGAUAUGAAGACAGGGAUGAAAUAAACUCAACCCAGGCCAGCCUUGAAUCUGUCAUAUUUAUACAUAAGAUAUCAAUACAAAAACAACAAUACUUAAGUAUUUUUCAUUUUUCUGGUUAUUACUUUGAAGAAUUUGACACCAUUGAUAAUUACCUGGUACCAAAUGGUGCCUAGUGGGACUUAUUUGAAUGAAUCCCAAAGAAUCAAACGUUUUAUAGAUAGCUUAUUACUAUGUAACUACCAUUUUACCAGGUCCCAUUUUAGUAAAUACCUGGUCAUUGUACCUUAAAAUAAAGUGCAACCAAAUAUUGUCCCUAAUGUAACCCCUUUGUUCCUGUCUCUCGUUUCUUCAGGAGGACUGUGAGAAGCUGGCAGGCUUUCUGGAAGACGCCCUGUGUAAGCAUUGGUCCAGGCCGCCACUGGAGGAGUCUUCCCUGGCAUAGUGACGAAGUACCGAGACACCUGCUGCUGCCCCGAAGGGGGAUCUGGAGCCUGGACCCUGGGAAAUUAGUGAGGGAACUUUAAGAGGGUCAAAAUGAAAUAUGAAAUGCCAGACUUAAGUCUG